AUGAACGAAGAUAACUCUAUACCUGAGGUAAAUAUCUCAGAAAGGGAUAAAGACAUCUCUACCUAUAUCUCAACAUAUCAUCGAAGAUCUUCUGAUGGAGUAAAAAAUAAGUCUCCAGCUCCAAUACAGAUAACUAUGGAACAGAUUUUACACGAAUCCUUGCUUCACUCACAAGAAAUAGAUGAAGGUAGGAAUUUAGCAAUAACUAAGUAUGGUUCUGUGGAGCUACAGGAUAGAGAUGAAAUAGAUGACUACAGAAUUAAAAGGAGGAAAGAAUUUGAGGAUGCUAUACGUAGAAAAAAGUGGCAAAUUGGUAUAUACUUGAAUUAUGCUAAGUGGGAAAUAAUACAAGAGGAUUAUAAUAGAGCAAGGUCAAUUUUUGAGAGAGCUUUACAGGUAGAUUAUGAGAAUACAAUUAUAUGGAGGCGUUAUAUACAUAUGGAGAUUGUAGUUGGGAAUAUAAAUGGAGCUAGAAAUCUUUUUGAACGAGUAACUAAGCUUUUACCUCGUCAAGAUGAAUUCUGGUAUAGAUAUUGCCAAAUGGAGGAGAUCCUAUGUAACUAUAUUAAUACUCGUUAUAUAUAUGGUAAAUGGAUUAAAUGGAAACCUGAUGACAAGGCUUACUUAUCUUAUAUAAAGUUUGAGGAACGUUGCAAAGAGAUAGAUUUGGCUCGCAGAGUAUUUAUUGAUUAUAUUUCUAGUAGACCAAGUGAGGCAGCUUUCAUUUUAUUUGGUAAAUUUGAAUUACUUCAUGACAAUUUGAAAGGUGUAAAGCAGGUAUACCAGUUAGCUAUAGAAUACUUAGAAAAUAAUGAAGAAUUUAGAGUAGAUUUUGGUGCAAAACUGUUUUUGUUUUUUGCUAAUAUAGAAUUAAAUCAGAAUUUGUUUGAUAAUGCAAUAGAUAUACUUAAUAAAGGUCUAGAAUUAAUUGCAACACCUUUAGAGAGAGUGGCUCUCAAGGAACAGUUGAUGUCACUUCAUAAAAUACAAACUGAAGAGAGACUUGAUGAAAGUAGUUUUUGGAUUAAUGAAAAGUCUGAUAUGUACAUGGAGGCAAUUAAAGAAAAUCCUUUAGAUUAUGACACUUGGUUUGAUUAUGGAAUAUUUGCUAUUCACUACUUGGAUUCUAAUUCUAUACUGCAGUUAUCUAAAGAACUUAUAGAAAAUCCCCCACCUGUGAAUGACUCAUUUAUAUGGGAAAAGUUUAUGUAUUCAUGUUUAUUAUUUGCCAACUAUUUAGAAAAAUCUCAUAAUUUAGAUGAAACCAAGGAAAUUUUUGAGAAACUUGUAAAGUGGGUUGGAGGGACUGCCAUAAGGAAGAAGAUAUCAUAUAUUGAUGAAGAACAUAUUAAGUCUAAGUCUUCUGAAGUAGUACUAUCAGAAAUUUAUAGGUAUUAUGCAGAAUUUUAUAUUCGUCAAUUAGAUUUACAAAAGGCUAGAACUACUUUAGGACAGGGACUUGGUAAAACAUCAUCUCCUGACUUAUUUCGUUAUUAUAUUGAUAUAGAAUAUAAGCUGGGGAGUCUAGAUAGAUGUAGGAUCUUAUAUACCAAGUUUAUUGAAUCUAAUCCUUUGUCUGCCAAAAUAUGGUCUGAUUUCAUGGAAUUUGAAUAUAAGUUGGAGGAACUAGAAAGAGCUAUGAAAAUUGCAGAGUCAGGAAUUGCAAUGCCUGAAUUAGAUGCCCCCGAAAUUCUUUGGAAGGCUUAUAUAAAUAUAUUACUGGAAAAAAAGAAUCUAGAAAAGGCUAAAAGCAUAUAUGAGAGGCUACUAGAGAAAACACAGCAUCCUCAAGUAGUGAUAGAUUAUGCGUCUUUUCUAACUUGGAAAUUUAAUUCUGUAGAUCUUGCUAGGAAUUUCCUGCAGAACACCUUACAAAUAUACAAGCAACAGGAAUUAGACCACGAGCGGUGUACUAUUUUGAGAUUUUGGUUACUAUUAGAAGAGAAAAUUCAGGUAACUGGUAUGCAUAACACAAAAGAUAACAUUUGGAUAUCAAAACUUAAAUCUAUGCAACCAAGAAUAGAAACACAGCCAAGUGUGAAAAAAGGAAAUAAUUAUAUUGAAGGAAACAUAAUAUAUAUAUUUCCUGAAGAUGAAUUUACAGAUUCUAAGGUACAACAAUACUCAGAAUCUAUACAAAAACGAAGUGCUCCUUUCAAAUUACUAGAUGCAGCAAAGAGAUGGAAGCAGAGCAUUGGAAAUAAUUAA